AUGAAGCCAUUCGUUAAUUGUGCAGUUGCGGUAUUAGCAUGGGUGGUGAUGAUGGUGGCAACCACUAUGGUAAUGGCCACUUCUACUUCUAUAUCAUCAUCAUCAUUAUCAUCAUACCCGUUGUCAUCAUGGAUGACAGAGGCAGAAGCUCUGCACAAUAGCGGUUGGUGGCGGAACACUAAUGUAAAAAAUCACUGCCAGUGGCAAGGUAUCGUUUGCAACGAAGCAGGAAACGUCAUUGCGAUAAAUGUUACCCCUAACAGCCUCACUAUAGGAGCUCCGGUCGAGAAAUUGAACGUGUCUGCCUUUCCACACCUUGAGCAUCUCGAUCUCAGCAACUGCCGUCUCCGUGGAAGCAUACCCAACCAAAUUGGUAGGCUUACAAAACUCACUCAUCUUGAUCUCAGCAACUGCCGUCUCCGUGGAAGCAUACCCAACCAAAUUGGUAGGCUUACAAAACUCACUCAUCUUGAUCUCAGUGGCAAUAGAUUCAAAGGUGGACUGCCACUUUUCUUGGCUAACCUCACCCAACUAGUCCACCUUGAUUUGUCAAGAAAUUCCAUCAAUGGCUCAAUCCCCCCUGAGGUGGACAAUCUGAAAAAAUUGGUUUAUCUUGAAUUUAGUUCGAAUGCACUUGCUGGAUUCAUCCCCAUAGAGUUAGGGAACCUGACUAAUUUGGUUCAGCUACAUCUCAGAAAUAAUAAUUUCAUAGGUCCAAUUCCCUCAUCUCUAGGUCUCUUGACCAAUCUGAUCUAUUUGACCAUUUGGAACAAUGGACUCGCUGGGUUGAUCCCCUCAGCUUUAGGGGGCCUGAGUAACUUGGUUGAACUAGAUCUUGGGGCAAAUUAUCUCACUGGUCGAAUUCCAUCAUUUAUUGGUAAUUUGACCAACCUCAUUUAUUUGUAUCUUGAUUCAAAUCAAAUUAGCGGUUCCCUACCUCCAGAGAUGGGAAGCCUGGUGCAAUUAUCUGGUUUAGUUUUAAGUAAUAACAGUCUCGUUGGCCAAAUUCCUUCAUUUGUAGGUAAUUUGACCAGGAUCAACUCUAUGUCCUUAGAUUUAAAUCAUAUCAAUGGUUCCAUCCCUCCAGAGAUGGGAAACCUGGUAAAUUUAUAUGAUUUGGCGUUGAGUGGUAACAACCUCACCGGCCCAAUCUCAUCAUUUUUAAAUAAUUUGACCGGCCUCAAUUAUUUGUUCCUUGAUUCAAAUUAUAUCAAUGGUUUCAUACCACCAGGCAUUGGUAAAUUGAUAAAUAUGCAAGAUUUAGACCUAUCUGUCAAUCUACUCCACCAUGUGAUCCCUCCAGAAAUGGGAAAACUCACGAGUUUGAGGGCUCUCGACCUCCAUGAUAACAAUCUUUCUGGUCCAAUCCCUCCAUCAAUUGGGCAUUGGAAAACCCUAACAACUCUUGACCUAUCUGCCAAUCUACUUCACCAUGUGAUCCCUCCAGAAAUAGGGAAACUCACGAGUUUGAGUGUUCUCGACCUCCAUGAUAACAAUCUUUCUGGUCCAAUCCCAUCAUCUAUAAAAAAUUUGUCGAGAUUGUAUCUUCUUGACCUCUCUGCCAAUCGAAUCAAUGGUUCAAUACCACCUGAACUUGGCAACCUAUCUACCCUUUCUUAUUUGGACCUUUCUCAAAAUUUUUUGAGCGGUCCUAUCCCAAAAGAACUACGCGGAUGUGGGAUGUUGCAAUACUUGGGAAUGAGCAAAAAUAAUUUGAGUGGAAGCAUACCUGUUGGAGUUGCAUCCAUCAUGGUAGGGUUAGACUUCUUGAGCCUCUCCCACAAUAAUUUCUCUGGCACGUUCCCAUAUUGUACUUGCGGGUUAUGCCGACUUAAUUUGUCAGACACCUAUCUGGAGUGUUCCUCGCCAUAUAACAAGACAAACCAACAAGAACCGUACAAGAAGUUGAAACAGAACUCACACCUUCUUGUCAUUUUCCUUCCUAUUACCAUUUUCCUCGUCUUCUUAAUUCUCGGAUUCAGUUACUUUUCUUGGCAUAAGACUAAAAAAAACCCAAGUGAGGCAAGAGCAAUGAGGAAUGGUGAUAUGUGCUCAAUAUGGAAUUACGAUGGACACAUUGCAUAUGAAGACAUAAUCAGAGCAACAGACGACUUUGACAUCAGGCAUUGCAUUGGAACUGGCGGGUAUGGUAGCGUUUACAAAGCACAGCUAUCCAACGGCCAAGUGUUUGCUUUGAAAAAACUUCAUCGUUUGGAAGCCGAGGAGCCAGCAUUUGACAAGAGUUUCAGGAAUGAGGUGCAAAUGUUGACAAAUCUAAGACACAGAAAUAUUGUGAAGCUUUACGGAUUCUGUUUACACAAUCGCUGCAUGUUUUUGGUCUACGAGUACAUGGAAAAGGGAAGCUUAUUUUGUGCACUAAGAUAUGACGAGGUGGCUAUAGAAUUGAGUUGGACUACGAGAGUGAACAUCGUUAAGAGCACUGCACAUGCUCUGUCUUAUAUGCAUCAUGAUUGUGCCUCACCAAUCGUUCACCGAGACAUAUCAAGCAACAACAUUUUGUUGAAUUCAAAACUUGAGGCUUUUAUAGCAGACUUUGGCACAGCCAGACUGCUAUUUCCUGAUUCUUCGAAUCAAACUCUCAUUGUCGGGACUUAUGGAUAUGUUGCUCCAGAGCUUGCAUACACCAUGGCUGUGACUGAGAAAUGUGACAUCUAUAGCUUUGGGGUUGUGGCAUUGGAAACAAUUAUGGGAAGGCAUCCAGGAGAACUUCUAUCAUUACUAUCGUCAUCAUCAUUAUCCGGUGAAAACGUAAUGCUAAAUGAGGUGUUAGACCCCCGCCUCUCACCACCGGCUGACCCACUGGUUGCACGGGAUGUUGUUCUUGUUGCUACACUAGCGUUUGCAUGCCUUUCUCUUGAACCAAAGACCCGUCCGACAAUGCAACGAGUGUCUCAAGGAUUUCUUGCUAGAAGGGCGACACUAGCCAAACCUCUUCACUCCAUUUCCCUACGGGAGCUGAGGAACCCAGAGGGAGUUUUUCCACGUGCUUAA